AUGCACGCUUUCCAGCUGCGACGGGUUGAGAAGAGAAUGGAUCCUCAUCCGAAGGGAGACCCUGAAGCCUCUUCCUUCUCCGAGGCCCUCCGCGCCCGGGCCGGAGGAACCGCGCGGCCGGGCGGGCCCGCCUCCACCUCCAUCCAGUCGCUCCAGCUGAUGCAUCCGGGAGGCACCAAGGCCGUUCGCGGCAGAUCCGUGGAUGCAUUAGCACCUGUCGAGUCUGCGAUCCUCGUCGCUCUCGAUUCUGCUCGUCGAGACGACGCGCGGUGCAGAGCUGAGAUGGACCCCACUGGGAAAUUUUCUGCAUUUCAUUUCACCAAGACUCAAGAAGCAAAGGCACGAAUGGAAGCAAUUGCAGAGGAAUCAGAUACUGGCCAGGGCGAGGGCCAAGAGAAGAGACUCUCGGAGCAGCGGGCCAAGUUCGGACUGCCCAGUCCGAGUAAGAUCCAGCGGUCUCCCUUGCUCGGGGUCAUACGGUCCUACAAUCAAGUUGCGAAGGGGGAGUGGGUCUACUUGGUGGUGGCGCACGCUGUUCUGUGCCUUUUUCGUCGUGUUGGAGGGACGAUUUUUUCCUUGGUGCUUACCAUUAUGCGAUUUGUGACGUUGGAGAAGAGUAGCGACGACUAUCCGUUUGCGAUCAUCAUGUUCAUCAGCACGCUGUUCUGUGCCUUUUUCGUCGUUUAUGGAGUGUGGAGGGAACAGCCCUUCUCGUUGUUGGUCUACAUCGUGGCCACAAUCGUGGUGCUGGUGUAUGUGAUCAUGAACUUCGUGAGCAGUAACCAACGGGAGGUCCAGACGAUCGAAGGGACACCGAAGCUGUUGCGGCUGGUGGUGACAUCCUGCCUCUCGGCCUAUCUCAUCCCCGUCGGGUUCUACUAUGCCUACAGGUACUGGGACUCGCAGAAGUUCAUCUACGACCUGGUCGGGCCGGAGCCGAGACGCAUGCGGGCGCUCAACGUCUUUUUUGCCUUCCAGUCGCUGCUGUGGUUCGACCUCUUGGUGGAACUUUCCCUGGAGGUCAUGAUCAUGCGCCAUGGGAUUUUAGGCUUAGACCACAAGGAGGUGCUGGUACUCGCCGUUGGCUGUGUUCUCAGCAUCGGGAUGCGUUUAUUGGGGUAUCUCGCAGUCCGAUACGAAAAUCCGAAAUUGUGUCUCGUGUAUGCGGUAUUGGGUCUUCUUCCUCUUGGUUACGUCAUUUCCUUGUUCUACGACGCCUACGAGACCUUGGACCCGUCAAGCACCAUCUACAAGACGAUCCUCUUCACCGGAAGCGUGAUGCUCGUCAUGAAGGUCAUCCUCCUUUGGAUGGUCUUCCUUUCCUACCGGAACUUUGGGAUGGGGAUUCUGCAAUGGGUCUAUGGAGAUCCGGUCGUUCGCCAAACCAAUGUUAAAGGCGUCGUCGAGUUUAAGGACGGAGAGUGA